AUGGACGUGGAGAUGGACGUGGACGUGGACGUGGACGUGGACGUGGAGGUGGACGUGGACGUGGACGUGGACGUGGAGGUGGAGGUGGACGUGGAGGUGGACGUGGAGGUGGACGUGGACGUGGACGUGGACGUGGACGUGGACCUGGACGUGGACGUGGACGUGGACGUGGACGUGGACGUGGACGUGGAGAUGGACGUGGAAGUGGACGUGGACGUGGACGUGGACGUGGAGGUGGACGUGGACGUGGAGGUGGACGUGGACAUGGAGGUGGACGUGGACGUGGAGGUGGACGUGGAGGUGGACGUGGACGUGGAGGUGGACGUGGACGUGGACGUGGACGUGGACGUGGUCGUGGACAUGGUCGUGGACGUGGACGUGGACGUGGACGUGGACAUGGACGUGGACGUGGACGUGGACAUGGACGUGGACGUGGACGUGGACGUGGACGUGGACGUGGACAGGGACGUGGACAGGGACGUGGACGUGGACGUGGACAUGGACGUGGACGUGGACAGGGACGUGGACAGGGACGUGGACGUGGACGUGGACGUGGACGUAGACGUGGACGUGGACGUGGACGUGGACAUGGACGUGGACAUGGACGUGGACGAGGACGUGGACGUGGACGUGGACAUGGUCGUGGACGUGGACGUGGACGUGGACAUGGACGUGGACGUGGACGUGGACGUGGACGUGGACGUGGACGUGGACUUGGACAUGGACGUGGACGUGGACGUGAACGUGGACGUGGACAUGGGCGUGGACGACGUGGACAUGGACAUGGACGUGGACAUGGACGUGGACAUGGACGUGGACGUGGACGUGGACGUGGACGUGGACCUGGACGUGGACGUGGACGUGGACGUGGACGUGGACGUGGACGUGGACGUGGACGUGGACGCGUGGACGUGGACGUGGUCGUGGACGUGGACGUGGACGUGGACAUGGACGUGGACGUGGACGUGGACGUGGACAUGGACGUGGACCUGGACGUGGACGUGGACGUGGACGUGGACAUGGACGUGGACGUGGACAUGGACAUGGACGUGGACGUGGACGUGGACGUGGAUAUGGACAUGGACGUGGACGUGGACGUGGACGUGGACGUGGACGUGGACGAGGACGUGGACGUGGACGUGGACGUUGACGUGGACAUCGACGUGA